AUGUUGGACACGGUAACUUUAAAGACCAAGUAUGACCUAGAACGAGAGAAACGACUCGUGGCAAACCCUGAGGGGUUUGGUCAAUACAAUCUUAUCGAUCGGAGUGAUCCAUACUUCAGCAAGUAUCUUGAUGACCCAUACAUCGAGACAAAAGGUAGACGUCAACCCCUUGAGGCGACUAUUGAAGUCCUCAUUAUUGGAGGUGGUUAUGGUGGUCAGCUGGCGGCCGCGAGACUAGUCGAACAGGGGUUAUCUGAUAUAAUGAUAGUGGAGAAGGCGGGCGACUUUGGAGGGACAUGGUAUUGGAAUAGAUACCCAGGUGCACAGUGCGACAUCGAGAGUUAUUGCUAUAUGCCUCUCCUGGAAGAGACAGGCUACGUUCCUACGGAGAAAUAUGCCAGGAGUGCUGAACUCUAUCAACACGCUCAAAAUAUCGGUCACAAGUACAAUUUAUAUGAGAAGACCCUGUUUCAGACAGAAGUAACUAAUCUUUUCUGGUGCGGGUCAAGCUCUUCUUGGGCCGUCGAGACGGAUUAUGGAGAUCGAUUGCAGGCAAAAUAUGUCAUCUCUGCAUCUGGACCGAUGCAUAAGCCCAAGCUUCCAGGCCUGAGUGGCCUUAAAUCUUUCAAGGGCCAAAGUUUCCAUUCUUCCCGCUGGGACUAUGCAUAUACUGGUGGCGAUAGCAGUGGCAACUUGCACAAAUUGACAGACAAGAAGGUGGGAAUCAUUGGGACUGGCGCAACGGCAGUUCAGAUUGUCCCAAGGCUCGGUGAAUGGGCAGAGAAACUCUAUGUCUUCCAGCGGACGCCCAGCAGCGUUGAUGUUCGUAACAACCGUCCAACAGAUCCAGAAUGGGCACGACAUCUUGGUCAAGACUGGCAACAGAAAAGAAUGAAUAACUUCAACACGAUUCUAAGUGGAGGUCACCAAGAGGAGGAUCUAGUCUCUGAUGGUUGGACGAAUAUAUACGCUACGCUAGCACCCCAGCCUGCACACAACGAUUCCGACAAAACCGCUUCGGGAUCAAUGGAUGAGAAGCGUCAGCUAGCCGACUUCCAGAAAAUGGAACAAAUCAGAACCCGGGUGGAUUCGAUUAUCAGAUCGCCUAUAACUGCGGAGAAACUGAAGCCGUUCUACAAUCAGUUUUGCAAAAGACCUUGCUUUCAUGACGAAUAUCUACAAACUUUCAACAGGGAAAAUGUGAUCCUAGUCGAUACAAACGGGCAAGGGGUUCAUUCGAUAACAGCAGAUGGAGUCAUUGCAAAUGGGAUCGAGUACAAGCUAGAUUGCCUUAUCUAUGCAACAGGGUUUGAAUUAGCAACAGAUUUCACGCAGAGAAGCGGGUAUGAGCUUGUUGGGUUGAACGACGUAUCACUAUCCGAAAAAUGGAAAGACGGCCCCUCUACAUUUUAUGGCUUAGCAGCUCGUGGGUUUCCCAAUCACUUCUUUGUUCAGGUUGUUCAGUCGGUUCAGACACCAAACAUCUUGCACGGAACAGCAGAGAUUGUCAACCAGAUCGCCUACAUUAUCAAAGAGCUAAAGGCAAGAGGUAUCAAGAGCUUCCAACCCGAACAAGAAGCUGAAGAGGCUUGGGUUAAUGAAAUUAUCGAGUCAAGCAAGUUUAAGAUCCCAUAUUACAAGGAGUGUACACCAAGCUACCUCAAUAACGAAGGGAAAAUGGAGCUCAAAGCUGCAAAGAGUGCUCCAUAUGGCGGUGGUUCAUUGAAAUAUUUCGAAUUGCUGCGCCAAUGGAGGGAUGCCGGCAAGCUUGAGGGGCUAGAGUGUCAGAUGUAA